AUGCAAAUUCAUGCAGUCACUGUGAAAGCUCCUCAAAAAGAUUCAAAUACCAUUACGCUCCUCUCACAGUCUAUACCAGUAUGUGGUCUGAAAAGGCAUACUGCCAAAUCUCAAGACUUAGCUGUCACCACUCCAAAGAGAUUGGAUUCUCAGGAAAAACUCCCUGUCCUUGUUUACUGGGGAAAAUUAAAAAACCCUACCCACAGCGUUACAACCGAGCUGUCACAGGAUCACUCGGUCACAGUAUCAGACACCCUUCGUCACCGCAGGCUGUGUACUGCCAGCCCCACCAGCUCUAUCGUGUAUCAGUCUGCGCACUCCCGAGUUCGUCACACGCUCACACGCAUGCGGGCGCGCGCACUAAUACUCCACGAUGAAGUCACACACAAUAAUGCCCGAAACCACCGCGGUGCGAGGUUCACGCAACACCCGGACAAGGCUUUUGGCUCCACCUGCCUCACCCGCGCCCGCGGGGAGCUCAGGCCCUCCACGCCGCGAGCUCCUCCCGCAACCCGACCUGGGUCACCUCAACUCACAGGCAGGAUCCGAGAACCACGAAGACACCGCAAGUGGAACCAAGGUCGAAGCCCAUUCGUGGCCCUGGGGCCUGUGGGAAACGUACUCCAAUGUCAGAAAGCAAAUGUCCUGGUUCCCGAGCGCAGCCGGGAGCACAACCGUCGCGAAGCCCGCGCCACACCCCUGAGACGCCUGGAGGUCCGGGGUGCUCAGAUCGUCCUCGGCGGAUGGCGGCCUGCGGUCCUCCAGACACGGAAGAGCCGUGACGGUUUCGUGGGAGCGAGGGGUCUUUGCGUGAACUUGAGCCCAAGCCUAGCAAGUAAUCGGAAACCCGCGCAAGGGAGGAGAGUAACGGGAAGCGGAAGCCUGCCAGGGGCGGGGCAAGGAGGAAAACGGAAGGCGCCCGAGGCUGGGGUGAGCCGGAGAGAACCGGAAGCGCCCACCCGAGAGCGCCGAGGAGACCAGAGGGAGUCCAGAAUUCGAAGGAUUUCCUCCCCAACCCCCCCAUUCCUAGAUGGAAUCAUGGAUGAUUUAAUAACUUCAGACCUUGUAAGUCAAGGUAAAGUAUCUGAAAUACUUCUCAUCACAAAGUAUUCCUCCCCAACCCCCCCAUUCCUAGAUGGAAUCAUGGAUGAUUUAAUAACUUCAGACCUUGUAAGUCAAGAAUCCAAAAGAGUAAAGGUCCUCUCUUGCAAAUCUUCAAGACAUGCCUCAGAAACAGAGACAAGACUCACCCAGAAGCUCCUUGCCCGCGCCUCCCCGCACAAAUCCGGACAGCAGACAAGACAGUCCCUGGGCCUGAUCGGGACCGACAAGACACCACCUGGACCUGACCGGGACAACAUCACUUGGACUGAGAUAAGACCUGCGGCGACAAGCCAUUAUGCUCGCUACAUUUGUCCUUCUCUUAGCCUUACACAUAUUGUCUGUAAAUCCCAACCCUCAUCAGCCCUUCAAUCUAACCUGGGUCAUCAUUAGCACCUACACAGGAGAUAUCCUAGCGCGAAAUUCCUCUGUAGCCCCCAAGAACACUUGGUUCCCAGACCUCACUCUCGAUUUACAAGACCUCCUUAAAUGGGAAAAGGCUGCUGACCGCUACAAUCCCGCUGGCUCCCUCUUAAAGGAACAGUGGUUUUACGUUUGCCCGGGACAUAAGAACAGUAACAGGGCCUGGAGGCAAACGUGUGGAGGAAAUGACUACUAUUUCUGCGCAGCUUGGGCAUGUGUCAGCACCGGGGACAUUUGGUGGUCUCCACCUGUUAAAGAUGAC